UUGUUCCACAAAAUUUAGCAUCCAUCACCAACCAUACCUUGAGGUGAGAAUUGAGCUUUCCCACCCCGUUGUGGUCCCUAAAGCCUAACUUUUCUAUGCUUUCACUAAAGCUCAUCUUUUUUAUCCAAAGUUCAGAACCAGUUUCUCGCCAAACUACAUCUUAUUAUGGUGAUUUCUUAAGCUGUUCAACACCCAGAAGUAGUAUAUGCCAUGCUCAGUCUCCACCAUGAUAAAAACUCCCUAAUUCCUCACAAUAAGAACUCCAACCUUCCACUCCUGAUCCAUUUUCCAUGGCAAACAGUGUCUCUGCUGCACCACAAACCAAGGUAUUCCAUUUCUUUCUCUCCUUAUUGUUUCUGCUGCUGAUUCUCUUCUAUCUUUCAACUCGGCUCUACCCUUCAUCUCCCCUUCAUCGACCAACAAAGAUCAUCUCUCCUGAAGAUCUUGAUGAAGGAUGCAAUGGCCUCCACAGAUAUGAAAGCUCUGAGGCAAAGUGCACCUACUUGACAUCCACAGCCCGAUGUGAUCCCCAAGGAUACAUGAAUUACCUCUACUUCUUCUACUGCGUUUGUGGCAAUUAUCCAGCUCUCGGUUACAUCCUGCUGCUCAUGUGGCUUAUCUUGCUAUUCUACCUUCUGGGCAACACAGCUGCCCAUUAUUUCUGCUCAAAUUUAGAGGGCAUAACAAGACUGCUGAAGCUAUCCCCCACCAUUGCUGGAGUUACACUUCUUGCCUUGGGGAAUGGUGCCCCUGAUAUUUUCUCUAGCAUUGUCUCCUUCAUGGAUCCGGACACCAAUGUUGUUGGCCUGAACAGCAUCUUGGGUGCUGCUUUCUUUGUGUCAUGUGUGGUUGUAGGAACCAUAAGCAUCUGUGUCGGCCGUCGCGAGAUCAUCAUCGACAAGUUGAGCUUCAUCAGAGACCUAGGCUUCCUCCUCUUUGUUCUUUUGGUUCUGCUAAUGAUCAUUAUAAUUGGGAACAUCAAUGUGUUUUGUGCACUGGCUUUCACUUCACUCUAUUUGGUUUAUGUGCUCGUUGUUUCUAUUGGACAUUUCUUUUGGAAGGAGGACGAAAAGAAGGGUCUAAUUGAUGUAUGUCCUCCAUCGUGCAGCGCAAAAGCCUUUUCAUUCCAAGCAACAGAGCAUGGUGACUUGGAGACUUCUCUUUUAAAUAGCAUGGCAGAAAUGGAUGAAUCAAUCGAAGGCCGACGGGCUGAUGAACCAAAUUCUAUCAAGAGCUAUUUCAAGAUCACUUCAUCAACUUCCUCUUGCUUUCACAAAAUUCUGUACCUUUUAGAUCUACCUCUGUAUCUUCCUCGGAGAUUGACCAUCCCCGAUGUUUCCGGCCAAAAAUGGUCGAAGCCAUAUGCAGUUGCUUCAGCAGCAUUUGCACCAGUUCUUUUGACAGUCAUCUGGAAUUCCAAGAGGAAAGAAAAGACUACAGAGGAAAGAAUGGUGAUCUAUCUGUUUGGUGGAUUAAUAGGGAUGGCUUUUGGUACUGUUGCAUUGUGGAAAACUAAGAAGGAUAGACCUCCAACACAAUUUCUAUGUCCAUGGCUUGCAGGUGGCUUCCUUAUGAGUGUUGUUUGGGUCUGUAUUAUUGCUGAAGAGUUGGUUUCUCUCCUAGUCUCCAUUGGGGUUGUAUUAGAGAUAAGCCCUUCACUUUUAGGGCUCUCUGUCCCAGCCUGGGGUAAUUCUUUGGGGGACUUGGUUGCCAAUGUGUUUGUGGCACUGCAGGAUGAGCCAGGUGGGGCCCAGGUGGCCAUAUCUGGAUCCUAUGGUGGGCCCAUCUUCAACAUCCUGGUGGGCCUGGGCCUCUCCCUUCUCCUCUCCUCAUGGGCUGCCUACCCUUGUCCCUUGGUCAUCCCAAAGGACCCCACCCUGUUUCAGACGGUGGGGUUCCUUGUUGGUGGCCUGUUGUGGGCCCUGCUGAUGUUGCCUUGCAGAGGCAUGAAGCUUGACCGGGUCUUUGGCUGUGGGCUCCUAACUAUAUAUCUUUUUUUUAUGUCUCUAAGAUUUGCAGAGUCUCUAGGGUUGCUUCAACUUCAAUAGCAAGGAGAAAUUUAGUCAAAAUUGAUGCAAUAGUUUGAUAGGCAUUCUAUUUUUGUUUUGCAAAUAUUCUGAUUUGCAAUGAAGCACUAGCGCAAAUUUUUAAAUACUCUAUUGUUAUGGGGAUUAGUGUUAUUU